AUGGGCAGCGCCAAUGAGUGCUUCCGCCAUUUAAAAGUAGUCAAAGGUGUCGACCGGGUGGGGAUUCCUAUAGAGUACCACACAGAGGGUAACCAGAAAUCUAGAUCAGAGGGAGUGGUGAAUGGAGGAAGCUCAGAGCAGUACAGAAGUGCCAACCAGACCUUAGUACUACAGGUGCUGCCGGCUCAGGUGGAGGAGCAGACAGGUCUGUCCAAAGAGAAGGUGGAGUCUCUGCUGGAGGACGGGAGGAUCCACGUGGAGGAGGGACAGGUCCAGCACCAGAGAGACCAGGACCCCAUCACUGACAAGCUGGAGGGGACCCAGAACUUGACGGAUGAGAGCUCCAGGGACUUCCUAAAGCUGAAGUUUGAGACGCAGGCCCGCGAGAGGGUGGAGAAGGACCGGCUGCUGCGGGAGCUGGACACGAACCAGGACCGAUUGAGGGAGGCCAGAGACAGCCACGGGAGGGAGCAACCAGGAUCCAGAGGACCCAGCAGUGUGGCCCAGCCUGACACCCAGCACGUCCAAAGGGAAGAGCUCCGGGACCGGUCUGACAAGAUGGCAAAGCGUCUUCAGAUGAUGACCCAGCGGUACGAGGCCCUGAAGAAGAGGGCGGCCAUGGAGGUGGAGGGCUUCAAGAGCGACAUCAAACAUCUCAAACAGAAACUCAAAGACGUGGAGAAACAGCUCUUUAAGGUGAGCAUGGGACAAAUGUUGUACGCCUGUGUGUUAUCUGUUGUAUGUUUUUGUGUGUGUGUGUGUGUUAAAGGUGACCCUGAACGUGGGUCCUGACCAUCCUACACGAGGUGCGUCAGACCAACGUUCGGACCAGGAAGGUCCAGGGGGAGCUGAAGGCCAAGAUCUACGGGCUGGAGAAAGACCUCCACUACAGCUGAGAUACAGCCCAGACUGGCCCACUGGAGACCUGGGUACCAUUCAGUAGGUGCCAGACAACCUUUUUCAAAACCUAUUUAAUGUCUACUGAUCGCAACCUUGUAUUCCCAUUUGACAUGCUCUGUUUGAAUUUCUGACACCUGAUAUGAGACUCAUUUGCAAUGUCUCACGAAUCAGUUUGUCAGGUUUUAGGCCAAGAAGAUCUGGGUGUGUAUGGUCAUUGGCAGACAAGUUGUGUAUGACAUUAAUGUCAUUUUACAUUAAUACUCUAAUCAAAUACAAACAGAACAAAUUGA